AUGGCGCAAAGGUACGAUGAGCUGGCCCACUAUGGUGGUGGGAUGGACGGAGUUGGACUCCCGGCAUCUAUGUAUGGAGACCCGCAUGCUCCCCGGCCGCUUCCGCAAGUCCACCACCUGAACCACGGUCCGCCUCCACAUUCAACGCAGCACUAUGGAGCCCACGCACCCCACAACAUCAUGCCCAGCAGCAUGGGCAGCGCUGUCAACGACGGACUAAAAAGAGACAAAGAUCAAAUCUAUGGUCACCCGUUAUUCCCUCUGCUAGCACUGGUGUUUGAGAAGUGUGAGUUGGCGACCUGCACACCGAGGGAGCCUGGAGUAGCGGGCGGCGAUGUCUGCUCCUCAGACUCCUUCAACGAAGACAUCGCUGUCUUUGCAAAACAGAUACGUGCAGAGAAACCGUUAUUUUCAUCGAAUCCAGAGUUGGACAACUUGAUGAUCCAAGCUAUACAAGUAUUACGAUUUCAUCUUUUGGAAUUAGAGAAGGUGCACGAGCUCUGCGACAACUUCUGCCAUCGGUACAUCAGUUGUUUGAAAGGCAAAAUGCCCAUAGACUUGGUCAUAGACGACCGAGAUGGCUGCAAAUCAGACUUCGAUGACCUGACAGGAUCUGCCACAAAUCUAGCAGAUCACAACCCGGCGUCCUGGAGAGACCUGGAAGACGCCCACUCCACGCCUUCUGUGGGCACCCCGGGGCCCUCCAGCGGGGGCCACGUCUCCCAGAGUGGGGACAACAGCAGUGAACUCGGAGACGGCCUCGACAACAGCCUCGCGUCGCCGGGCACAGGGGACGAGGACGACCAGGACAAGAAGAGGCAGAAGAAGAGAGGCAUCUUCCCCAAAGUGGCCACCAAUAUCAUGCGAGCGUGGCUCUUCCAGCACCUUACGCACCCAUAUCCUUCAGAGGAACAGAAGAAGCAGCUAGCACAGGACACAGGCCUCACCAUCCUGCAAGUGAACAACUGGUUCAUCAACGCCAGGAGGAGAAUAGUACAGCCUAUGAUUGACCAGUCUAACAGAACAGGUUUUUAUUUUACAUCCACAGUGGGCCAGGGGACAGCAUACAGCCCUGACGGUCAACCAAUGGCAGGCUUUGUACUCGACGGACAGCAGCACAUGGGAAUUCGACCUGGCGGACCAAUGGGUGGCAUGGGAAUGAAUAUGGGUAUGGAUGGACAGUGGCACUACAUGUAA